GAACAUAAUAUCGCAAAGCCGCAACUUUUGGAAAUAUACCCAUGGCUCCGAUGGUCACGACUGGGCCUGGAUAUGCUAUUUUCAACGACUUGCGGCGAAGGAUGGGUGUUUCUUCCUCACAACCUGUCCCUACCUCAAGCCGCGAUGUCAACGCUGGUGCCGGACCUUCCCCUAGCAGCCCGGAGCCCAAGUCCCGCUUUGCUAGCCCAAACAUGGAUGACGUAGCCGCAUCUCAGCAGCUCAUGGACGAGGGCGCGCGCGUCGACCCCACGUAUGAUCCCACUCAACAGCUUCCGCAGUCCGACGCCGCUCACGACAAGCCCGCAUCUGCGCCGAAAAAGCGCAAGAAGAACAAAUCGAAGGCGACGCAGAAAACCUCCGAGACUUUAUCUGCGAACACGCGGAAUGCUGCCAGCCCACCCGCAAUUCCAGCGUCCUCGCCAUUUCCUUUUCCAGCGACCCAGCCAGAAGCCGAAGAGAUCACCGGCCCAGUGUCGGGAAACCUUCAGAUGAUUCCGAGUACAUCACAAGCAUUGCCUACAAUUGACGUGCCUGAUUCUCAGGUUGUCGCUAUUCCUGUCCACGCACCCGCUUCGCCGCCGAAAUCCAGCUACACAGUGCCUUCCAGUGUCACCAAGACCAAGCGCACGUACAAGAAGAACAGGCAAUCGAAGAGAGAUGAGAUUGCUCAGGAAGCUGCUUUCGGCGAGACUGUGGACCAACUCGCAGACACAAACACAGGCACAGAAGACCCAAUCUCGCCUUCGCACCCGACUCCUCAGCGCAAACGUCCACGCACCAGGGAUACAGAUGGAGGAUCACCAGGAGCUGUAGAUGCGACACCUGCACCAGCUAAAAGGCGGAAGAUUGGUACACCCAAGUCGGCAACUACCCUCCAAGACCUUCUAGAAACAAGCCCCAAUGACGAUGUCGAUAUGCAGCAAACCAAAAAGACGAAAUUGAAGCGAGUGAAGAAGCCGCAUACGCCUAUUGCAAAGGUCAAGGACAUUUAUGAUAUCCCAGAUGAUGAAACAGAGCUUACUAACGGGGCUCAUGAAGCUCUUUUGCCAUUUGCGAAUAAUGGAUUUGUGCAGUCUGGAGAUAGAGAGGAAGGCGACCAGGUGCAAGUAGCUUCGACUCGCAAGAAGCAUAGUGAAAAGAAAAAGAAGACAGCAAGUAAUGGCGAUGUCUAUGACUGGUAUGCCUCGGUGCGCAAACCCGGCCAACUGCCGAGUGCAUUACUCAACAACCAACAAGACGAUGACAUCUUGAUGCAAGAUCCCAUAUCUACUGAUGAUGAGGACCCUCCAUAUGCUCCGUCAGAAAAGGAGGGAAAUGAAAAGACACAAAAGAAGAGAAGCAAGGAAAAGGGGGCGGAGAAAGAGAAGAAGAAGGAGAAGAAAGGGCGGAAGAAAGCGCAGAAGAAGGAAAGCUUAGAUGGCCCAGGUGUGAUGAAGAUUCGCAGAAACAAUGGCAGCAGUAUCAGUGAACUUUCGUCUGCUGAAAGGGCGCUUAAUGCCUCUCGUGACCUUGGCCAUCCUCCGGAUCUGCGAACGAGUGGCGACUUUACCGAGGACGAAGAGGAGCUGAUUCGCCGAGCCAUCCUAGAUUUUCAACAGCGAAAGGGGUUGGACAUCUCUGAGCUUGUUGAAAUUAUCCAAUGGAACCAGUAUGAUCCCAGGUUUCACCGUGAUCCGGGUGUUAAUCGGAACAAGAGUGAUUGGACACCUCAGGACCGCGAGGAUGAGCGAGAGAGCACGGAAUUCUGGGAUGAAAUCAAGAAUAUUGGCAUGACUCGGUCACAUGACAGACUGAGGAGGCAUAUCCGUCAAUUAUAUCACCAAUUCAAGAGUGGUGCAUGGACAGAAGAGGAGGACCAGCAGUUGCGAAAUCUCCAGGCUGCGCAUCCAAACCAAUGGAAGCUCAUCUCGAUUACCAUGGGCGACCGUUCGAUGCACGACUGCGUGAACCGAUGGCGCGACUACUUACAGUACGGCGAACAACGAAAGACUUCUCGCUGGACUGAAGACGAAGAAAAACUUCUUAUCCGUGCUGUGACGACGGUUGCGCAAAGAGACGAAGAUCACCGCGCCAAGACAGGAAGGCCGUCACUAGACACGUACACCAACAGACAUAUUAGCUGGCCUCAAGUUGCUCGCGAAAUGGGUAACUCCCGCAGCCGCAUUCAGGCCUCAGUCAAAUGGACUCAAUUGAUGAAGCGUGACAAUCCACCGCAGAUUGAGAUAGAGUACAAGCCCAGAGCAUCAACGGCAGCAUUGCAUGAUGCGCCCACAAAGAAGAAAGGCAAGCGGAGGAAAAAGCAGGACACAGUGGAUAAUAACGAAUACAAGUCUCAAGACACUAUAGAGGACUCAGAUGUGGAGAGAGAAAACUCCGAGAAGGAGACCGAAGAUGGACCCGAACCUGCGACAAACGUUACAGCGAGCAAAAAGCGUCGUCAGCCCGAGGAACCAUCUGACGAAUCUCAAGACCAGGAACCGGAAGAGAACCUGGGUCUGGACAAUGGGCUAGCUGUUUUGCCACGACCGGAGAAGAAGAAACGUGGACAAACACAGAAGAGUGAAGCGACGGAAGCCGAUAAGCCUGGGAAAGUUGACGAACUAAGCAUGGCAAGGGAUGAGUCAGCAGACAGGGAAGCAGAGGAAGAGCAUAGCAGUGGCGAGCUAAGCGAUUCACAUUCUAAGAAAAAGAGGAAGGAGAAAAGGAAGAAGAAGAAGAAACGAUCGCGUAAAAGCGAGAUUGAGGAAGUUGACGAGGCUGAGGAAGGUCAAAGAGAGAAGGGUGGUGUAGGGGAGAAUGGUGAAGAAGACGAAGAUGGAAUUCGACAGGAUAAAGUCGACGAAGUGCAAGUGCAAGUGGAGCAGGAGGAACAGGUACAAGAGGAGCAGGAAGAGCCAGUGCAAGAAGAAGAAGAAGAAGAAGAAGCCGAAGAUGAGCAAGAGAGGGAGCAGGAUGAAGCAGACGAAGAGGGCGGUGAUGAAGCACAAGCCAGUGAGCAAGGCUCAGCAGAAGCUAGAGACGAAUCGGUGGUUGGGUCGGGGGCUUCAUGGGGCAAGGAGGAAAAGGGCGUGUCUGAGGCGUCGUCGGGUGCGGGUGUAGAUCAGAUGCUGUGGGGCGACAAGUACGAUCUCAUCUUCAAGCUCCAGGAUCGCAGGGACGAUUAUGAAGAAGAGAUUGACUGGGAAGAUGUGCGCAAAGACCAAGGGUACCCUUGGCCUACGGAAACUCUCAAGGCAGCGCUACAUGAGUUGAUUGGGGUGAUUGGCGAGCGUGGGCGAGAAGUGGACGCAGAUGACUUUCCAGGGACGGUUGACGAUGUCAUGGAUUUCAUAAGCGAAGAGCAUGGCACUGAGCUUGAGGAGCACUACCAACCCGCGUAGAGGAAGGGGUGUAUUGAACAAAAGCGAGUAGCGACUUUGGUGUGCGUAGUAGGGUAGUACUCUGGAGCAUGGAGGAGGAUGAGUGGGGUUAUCCUUGGGAAGGGGGGAGGGGGCCCUCCCGCAUCCGGCGAUGCCUGCUUGGGCCGUCUUCGCGCACAUGGUAAUCCCGUAUACGAAGCCAAUACGCCGCCUUGCCCUUGGCACCCGAAGCGUAACGUUAGGCCGCCGAUUGAAGGCGCAGCUGGGCAUGCACAAAGUAGUAGAAAAGGACGACGCCUUGGGAUUGCACACAUGUAACUUGCAUCACGCGCAAUACACAACACUCUAGU